AUGUAUCGACUUUCUACAUUCCUCCUAGCCUUAGGCUCUGUCACCCUGGCAGACACCAACUCGAAUAACUUCAAUCCCCUCCACCAUCUGGCGGGAAUUUCCCCUUACUUUACACCAAAUGACCCUCAGCUCGACCCCUCGGUACCACAGGGCUGCAAUGUCACCCGCGCAGCUUAUCUUGUCCGUCAUGCCGCCAUCUACGCCAACGAUUUUGACUAUGAGAGCUACCUCGAGCCAUUCAUCCAGAAGCUGCAAAAUACCACACAGGAUUGGUCCAAGACAGGAAGCCUCUCGUUCCUGAGCAAGUGGAGAGCGCCAAUCACCGAGGCACAUCUCGAGAAAGUCACCCGAGUCGGUCUGCAGGAGUCGAUGAUGUUUGGCAUCAACAUCCACGACAAGUAUCCAGACUUCAAAGCACCAAAGAAUGUAUGGACCUCGACAGCGGAGAGAACCGUCAAGACCGCACAGGGAUUUAUCCUUGGAUACACCGGCAACGGAACGACCCAAAUCAAUCUCACCCAGGUCGGGGAGUACAAGCACGACGGAGCCAACUCGUUAACCCCGUACCAAAGCUGCCCGGCAUACAGCUCCAGCUACGGCUCCAAGCAGUCCAGCGAAUUCGUCUCCCGCUACACCAAACCCAUCAUCGCGCGCCUCCGAGCCCUGGCCCCCUCCUUCAACUUCACAUCGGACGACAUCGUCGCCAUGUUCGAGCUCUGCGGCUACGAGACCGUCAUCCGCGGCUCCUCCCCCUUCUGCUCCCUCGACCUCUUCACCGCGACUGAAUGGCUCGCCUUCGAGUACGGGAACGACCUCAUGUACUUCCACAACACAGGCUACGGCCGUGACUUAUCCCCCGCCAUCGGCUUCCCCUGGCUCAACGCAACGAGAACCAUCCUCGCCGACAAGUCUGCCUCUCAAGGCCUCUACGUCUCGUUCGCCCACCGCGAGCUCCCGCCAACUGUGCUCACCGCGCUGGACGCGAUCAACUACGGUCGCGCGUGGAAGAGUAGCCAGAUCUUACCGUUCUUGACGAACAUUGCGAUUGAGAAGAUGGCAUGUGAUUCCUAUGGGUAUGACGACGGGGUGUACUACCGGGUGCUGGUGAAUGAGGGUCCGCAGCCGCUUGUGGGGUGUCGCGAUGGGCCAGGGGAGAGUUGCUCCGAGGAGGCGCUUGGGCGCUUUGUGCAACAGCGGGGAGAGAGGUAUGGGGAUUUUGGCAAGCUGUGUGGGGUGGAUUAUGAGAAUUCGACGGACGUGUUGUCGAUUUAUCAGUAG